CAUCCAGGCGGGCACCAUGGGCACGUCCGCGCGCUGGGCGCUCUGGCUGCUGCUCGCGCUGUGCUGGGGGCCCCGGGAGAGCUGCGCCAACGGAACCGGGAGAAAAGCCAAGUGUGAACCCUCCCAAUUCCAGUGCACAAAUGGUCGCUGUAUUACCCUGUUGUGGAAAUGUGAUGGAGACGAAGACUGUGUUGAUGGCAGUGAUGAAAAGAACUGUGUAAAGAAGACAUGUGCCGAAUCUGACUUCGUGUGCAGCAGUGGCCAGUGUGUUCCCAGCCGAUGGAAGUGUGAUGGAGAUCCCGACUGUGAAGAUGGUUCAGAUGAAACCCCAGAACAGUGCCAUAUGAGAACGUGCCGCAUAAAUGAAAUCAGCUGUGGCGCCCAUUCUACUCAGUGUAUCCCAGUGUCCUGGAGAUGUGAUGGUGAAAAUGAUUGUGACAGUGGAGAAGAUGAAGAAAACUGUGGUAACAUAACAUGUAGCCCCGAUGAGUUCACGUGCUCCAGUGGCCGCUGCAUCUCCAGGAACUUUGUAUGCAAUGGCCAGGAUGACUGCAGCGAUGGCAGCGACGAGCUGGACUGUGCCCCGCCAACCUGUGGCGCCCAUGAGUUCCAGUGCAGCACCUCCUCCUGCAUCCCCAUCAGCUGGGUGUGCGACGAUGAUGCAGACUGCUCUGACCAAUCUGAUGAGUCCCUGGAGCAGUGUGGCCGCCAGCCAGUUAUACACACCAAGUGCCCAGCCAGUGAGAUCCAGUGCGGCUCUGGCGAGUGCAUCCAUAAGAAAUGGCGAUGCGACGGGGACCCUGACUGCAAGGAUGGCAGUGAUGAGGUCAACUGUCCCUCCCGAACUUGCAGACCUGACCAGUUUGAAUGUGAGGAUGGCAGCUGCAUCCAUGGUAGCAGGCAGUGUAAUGGUAUCCGAGACUGUGUUGACGGUUCUGACGAAAUCAACUGCAAAAAUGUCAAUCAGUGCUUGGGCCCUGGAAAAUUCAAGUGCAGAAGUGGAGAAUGCAUAGAUAUCAGCAAAGUAUGUAACCAGGAGCAGGACUGCAGGGACUGGAGUGAUGAGCCCCUGAAAGAAUGUCAUAUAAAUGAAUGCUUGGUAAAUAAUGGUGGAUGUUCCCAUAUCUGCAAAGACCUAGUUAUAGGCUACGAGUGUGACUGUGCGGCUGGGUUUGAACUGAUAGAUAGGAAAACCUGUGGAGAUAUUGACGAAUGCCAAAAUCCGGGAAUCUGCAGUCAAAUUUGUAUCAACUUAAAAGGCGGUUACAAGUGUGAAUGUAGUCGUGGCUAUCAAAUGGAUCUUGCCACUGGUGUGUGCAAGGCAGUAGGCAAAGAGCCAAGUCUGAUCUUUACUAAUCGAAGAGACAUCAGGAAGAUUGGCUUAGAGAGAAAAGAAUAUAUCCAACUAGUUGAACAACUAAGAAACACUGUGGCUCUCGAUGCUGACAUUGCUGCUCAGAAACUGUUCUGGGCCGAUCUAAGCCAAAAGGCCAUCUUCAGUGCCUCAAUUGAUGACAAGGUUGGUAGACAUGUUAAAAUGAUCGACAAUGUCUAUAAUCCUGCAGCCAUUGCUGUUGAUUGGGUGUACAAGACCAUCUACUGGACUGAUGCGGCUUCUAAGACUAUUUCAGUAGCUACCCUAGAUGGAACCAAGAGGAAGUUCCUGUUUAACUCUGACUUGCGAGAGCCUGCCUCCAUAGCUGUGGAUCCACUUUCUGGCUUUGUUUACUGGUCAGACUGGGGUGAACCAGCUAAAAUAGAAAAAGCAGGAAUGAAUGGAUUUGAUAGACGUCCGCUGGUGACAGUGGACAUCCAGUGGCCUAACGGAAUUACACUGGACCUUAUAAAAAGCCGCCUCUAUUGGCUUGAUUCUAAGUUGCACAUGUUAUCCAGCGUGGACUUGAAUGGCCAAGAUCGUAGGAUAGUACUAAAGUCUCUGGAGUUCCUAGCUCAUCCUCUUGCACUAACAAUAUUUGAGGAUCGUGUCUACUGGAUAGAUGGGGAAAAUGAAGCAGUCUAUGGUGCCAACAAAUUCACUGGAUCAGAGCUAGCCACUCUAGUCAACAACCUUAACGAUGCCCAAGACAUCAUUGUCUAUCAUGAACUUGUACAGCCAUCAGGUAAAAAUUGGUGUAAAGAAGACAUGGAGAAUGGAGGAUGUGAAUACCUAUGCCUGCCAGCACCACAGAUUAAUGAUCACUCUCCCAAAUAUACCUGUUCCUGUCCCAGUGGGUACAAUCUACAGGAAAAUGGCCGAGACUGCCAAAGUACUGCAACUACUGUGACUUACAGUGAGACAAAAGAUACAAACACAACAGAAAUUUCGCCAACUAGUGGACUAGUUCCUGGAGGGAUCAAUGUGACCACAGCAGUCUCAGAAGUCAGUGUUCCCCCAAAAGGGACUUCCGCUGCAUGGGCCAUUCUUCCUCUCUUGCUCUUAGUGAUGGCAGCAGUAGGUGGCUACUUGAUGUGGCGGAAUUGGCAACACAAGAAUAUGAAAAGCAUGAACUUUGACAAUCCUGUAUACUUGAAAACCACUGAAGAGGACCUCUCCAUAGACAUUGGUAGACACAGUGCUUCUGUUGGACACACGUACCCAGCAAUAUCAGUUGUAAGCACAGAUGAUGAUCUAGCUUGACUUCUGAGACAAGUCUUGACCUUUGAGGUCUAAACCUGUAAUAACCCCGUCGGAAUGGUAACAGAGUCAGCAGCUGAAGUCUCUUUCUUCCCCUCGUCUGGAAGAACAUCAAGAUACCUUUGCGUGGAUCAAGCUUGUGUACUUGACCAUUUUUACAUUACUUUUGUAAAUAUUGUCCACAUUCUACUUCAGCUUUGGAUGUGGUUACCAAGUAUCCGUAACCCUUGAAUUUCUAGACAGUAUUGCCACCUCUGGCCAAAUAUGCACUUUCCCUAGAAAGCCAUAUUCCAGCAAUGAAACUUGUGCUGUAGUGUAUACCACCUGUACAUACAUUGUAUAGGCCCUCUGUAAAUAUCCAAGAGAACAAUCACUAUUCUUAAGCACUUUGAAAAUAUUUCUAUGUAAAUUAUUGUAAACUUUUUCAAUGGUUGGGACAAUGGCAAUAGGACAAAACGGGUUACUAAGAUGAAAUUGCCAAAAAAAAUUUGUAAACUAAUUUUGUACGUAUGAAUGAAAUCUUUGACCUCAGUGGAGGUUUGCAAAGACUGAGUGUUCAAACUACUGUACAUUUUUUUUCAAGUACUCAAAAAUUAAACCAAGCAGCUUAACCAUGGUUUGUGCCUGUUCCUCUAGGAUAAACUCCUAGCCUGAGUAGUAUCAAGUGUUCUAACUAAAUAUGUGAGGUAUAGUUCUUGAUGUUGUAUAACUAAGCCUGUAACUGGGCUAGUUUCUCUUACACCGAAGUACUAGCUGAAAAAUGAAGUGCUAUUUAACAUUUGCUCCAGAAAUAUUUCUUACUGUGUAAAAGAAGCUGGCUUAGUCUGUACCUAGAAUUCUCUUGCUUAGAGGAGUUUCUUUUCUCAUUAGCUUGUUUCCUAAUCAAAAAACGUGUACCAAGAUUUCUAUGAAUUCUGCUUCUUAUAGUUAAGUCUCUGUUUUCCAUGUUCUGUCAUUUAUAUAGAUCAAGGACAAGUGCCUUCUAAGGCAUGGAUAAGGGCUUUCUUCUUAUAAAAGUCUAGACUAUCUUACUGUGAAGAUGGCCAAGGAGGAUAGCAAGCAAUGCCAUUCUUGAACAAUCUAAGGCAGGGUUCUCAGUGUGGUAGUGGGAACAGAAGCAUCUACAUCACCUGAGAAUGUGUUAGAAAUGCAAGUUCUCUGCCCCAUCCCAGAUCUACUGAAUCAGAAACUCUGGGGGUAGGGCUGAAACCUGCUUUCAUAAGCCCUUCAGGCGAUACUGAUGUAAACUAAAGCUUAAAAUUUCUGUUUUAAUGUGACUUCAUGAAGACUAUACUUGUAAUAUCACUUAAAUUAUUAUCCUGGCUGGCAUAGGGCAGAUUCUUACUAUGGACAAUUUCUGGAACUUACAGUAUGAAGAGCAGAUGAGGAGUUUGAAUUUUCCUUUAGGUUGGCCAUGACUUUCUCUGAAGUCUCAUGAAGGCUGGAAGCGAGGGAAGACACAAGACUUGAAGCACCGGAUGGAUGCUGUGCGUCCCGAGCGCGGUGUGGAGUAGACUGUGGAAGGUACAGCAGUUCCUCUGGAUCACGUGACUGACCCACACAGUAGCAACAGGAUGAAGAGAAGAUGCAUCAGUGGAUGACUCAUAUUUCAUCUGCUUAUGUAAUAUAAGGCAGUUAACAUCUUGCUUGUGGCUUAAGCAAGGAAAUCAAUAUUACUAGAUGGGGGAAGUUGAUGCUGUCGCCUUAAGGCAUGCCCCCUUGUGAUUUUGGUCCAUUGAACGAAAAAGUAGAGAUAGCCUUGGACCUUUUUUUCAUGGGAGGUAUGGAGGUCAAGCAUGUAGAAGGAGAAGCACGCAGUCGUGAAUAUAGAGCUGUCUGCCCUCCACCUUGUUCUUACAUUUAGUCAUCACACGGAACAGCAUGUGGCCUGCUGACAGGGAGUAGCUCAAGUGCCUAUUUGGUAAGUAGGUUAGUAUUCAUCAUGAACCCUGAAAGCCAUUCCAGAGUCUGGCUGCUGCUCCGACCCUGCUAUGGCACAAAAAAACACAGAUUUUUUUUUUUAACUGGAGUAAUACCAAAUUCCCUUUUAGAAGCUUAAAGUUUGAUACUAGUGCUUUCCCCAUUAUAAGGAUUAUACGGUAUUAAUUAAUCAUAAGGCCCAAAGUUUGUUUUGGCAAAUAAAGCAUUAUUCUUCUUCAUUAUCACCAUCAUCUUUUGAAUUCCUGUCCCUGGUAUGAUCUUUCAGGUUCUGGGUACAAAUUUCCAACCCUCAAAGAGUCUAAAACAUCUCAUUUUUUUACCUGGUCCUCCCCAGUAAGAAGCCAAGGUACAACUCAUUGUACCUAACUGAAGAGGUAUAAACUCAUUUAAAGAAACAAAGUAACUCGGUAUUUCUAUUGAGAUAAGAAUAGUUAUAUUGCAAGGCCUAGCACAGUGGCUCACACCUAUAAUCUCAGCACUUUCAGAGGCCAAGGCAGGAGUUUGAGACCAGUCUGGGAAACAUGGUGAGACCCUAAAAAAAAUUUAAAAAGUAAAAAAUUAAUAUAGUUAUAUGACUAAACUGCUAGUCAAUACGGCUUGUAACAAUAGUGCAUGAAUGACAAGAGCCCUAGACUUUAUCACCCAAACAAGAACUUUAAUUCUAUGUGAAAUGUGUUGGGCUAAGUUUGCUGUGUCUCGAGAGUUUACUGUAGAAGAUAAUUAAGAGGUAAAACAUGAAGGUUUGCACACAGUAAAAGGAGAAUAUUUGGAGUUGGAUGAGCCUAUCAUACAAAGUGACUGAAAGUUGACCCUCCAGAAAUUUUAGGAAUUGCCACAAGGAUUGAUAGAUGAUGAAUAAACAGAUUUGUGGCCUCCAGUAAAGAAAUCCAACCAAGUUCCACUGUCCAGAUUUUUAAAUGCCCUUUGCAAGCUACGUAUUUGGCAAAAAUAGUCCUAGUUGUUCAGCCGGCUCCCUUAAAACAUUCUAAUAGGUGUUUUGAAGCCUUGGUAUCUCUUCCUCUUUAGUUCUUGAUAAAUACAAGCCCAAAAAUAAUAACUGAGGCUUCAACUUUGGCAUUUGCUUCUGUUCCUUCUAUCUGUGGAAGUCAAAUAGCUCUUUUCAAAAAUGAGAAGCCAACCUUUAAAUAACAAACUAUAUGGUAUUAAAAGACUAACUCUUCAGAAUGCUGUAGAAAUGGGAGACCUACUUCAAGUCUACCUUUUAACAAUCUUCAGCGCAAACCUAAAGAUUCUAGGGGUCACUUAACUCUCAUAUUAUGUAACCUAAUUCGAAUAACUUCCUACAAUUCUUACUAGUGAAAUCUUACCCUAGUAAAACAGUUAUUAUAAAUCCAAAUGAAAACUAUAGUUUUGGCUUUCGAUGGUGGCAAAAACUUGCAAAAAACAGAUAUACUUUUGCUGAUUUAAGUUCAAGUACAAUGACUACAGCCUGCUAAUCUUGAUCCCCAAAUCUGAGCCUUUCCAUUUCAUAAUUGUUUUAUCCUGAAUGUACUUGUGACAUAGACAUUUCUCAAAAGGGUCUGAUACAUCCAACUCUUAACAAGUAGGAGUAGCAACUAGCAAAAAGUAGAAAGAAGCUUCCCUCAUUGUGGGUAAUGAGGAAGUACCUAAAAACCACAUAUAUAUAAUCCCCUGUGGUAUUAUAUAUUCUGCAAGCCCCGUAGGUGGGGAGGCGGUGGCAAUAGUUGCAUCAGCACUAACUGCUGCUGCUGCAUGUUCUGUUGGUGGCUGCCGGCCGAGUGUGCACACUGAGCCCCGGCCGAGGUGCACUGCCUGCUGCGGUCUGUUAAGCAUCUCACCAGAGGGGGAGGGCACAUCGAGCGAUUCCACUUUCUUAAAUAAAAGAUUUUUAGGUAUUUUUGAUAUUAUACAUUCUUUAACGCCAGAAGGGGCUUGUAAUGACUUCUCUUCCAGAAUUGUACUAUUUAAAAACUACAUGUAAAUAUCCUGACAAGUAUGAUUUUUGGAGGGGUAAACUAAAAAUUGCACAUCCAUGCUUCAGCCAUAUCAUGGACCUAAAGUAUGAGAGUUCAGGAAUACAUAUAAGUAGAAAACUCUUCAAAGGUACUUAUUUCCAAACAUGGAGGGAAUAAAUCUGAAAAUGGAACACUGGCGUUUUUCAAACUUAUGUCUCUCAAAUCCAGCCUGGAAGAUUUGCAGCUCAAAACAGUUGCAUGUGAAGGAUAUGAGCCAUCUUUGCAUAUCCCAUUCAUAUCUCCCUUCACACACGAAAAGCUGAAUGCAUUUUACCAGUGAAGCUCUAGAUAUGAAACUUUGGGGUCCAGAGAUAAAUAAGCUACUAACAAACAGUAACAAUGGUGUUCCGUCUCUCUAUCAUGUCUCCUGAGUCUCUUACACAUUUUUGAGCCUGGCUCGUCUGAGAAACAGGAACAAAGUAGGACCGUGAAUGACCCAGUAUUCUCCUGUAAAUCUCCUUCCAUCCAUGAACACUGAGGCAGGAGUAAGACCAGCUGUGGGUGGGGAAUUUGUGCUCUGCAGGUUACCGCAUAGCAUAUCAAAAAUGGCUUUUUUCUUCACUGUGCUUAAGGAAAAAGUCAGAUCGGUGGCAAGGUAGUUCUGUUUAGAAGCAGCAGGCAAUGUAGUUAACAGCACAGACUUCUGUGUCAGCCUUAUGUGUGGAACCUUGGGAAGUUACUAAUUCCCUGUGUAAAGUAGAGAUGAUGGGGACUGUCUCACUGUGACACGGUAAGAGUUAAGUGAGAUGCACACAAAAAGCUCAGAACACUGUCUGGCAUCUAAUAUGUUCAGGGCAGAUGUCACUACUGAAUAUCACAUCAAUGCUAGGUCUCCACUUACUGUCACACACAGGAACUGGUAAGUGACUUUACCAAUGAAAGUCACAGGUACCUUUACUUACAAUGUAACAUGCAUUAGCUACUGACCCUGGUGUUCUCCACUACUCCUGUCUAAAGAGAUCUAAGUCUGAAAUUUAGGGAGCAAUAGCACCUUGCAUAGUUAAGAAAGCUUAAAAGAUGGCAUGGUUUUAAACCCUAGAAACAUAGCUGGGAUAUUUCCACCUCUAUUCUUUUAACUACCUCCUAGGACGUGGAAUCAAAUAUUUGGGAGCCUGCAUAGUCUUCAGAUGCCUGCCAAAGCACGUAAAAUCUCCUUUAAAUUCUUACCACAUGCUUACAUUUGUGCUAAGUAAGCGCUCCCAAGUCUUAUUUGCUCUUCACAGCAACCCUAAUAGAUAUCUCCAUUUUACAUAUGUAAAACCUGAGGCUAUAAAUAAUACGUGAUUCCAAAUUCUGCAUGCUUACUGCCAUCUCCUCUUAGAAGGGGAUGCAGUACGAUACAAAGAUUGAGUUGGAUGUUGCAUUGCAUGUUUGCUGAGUCCCCUUUGCUGCGGAUGUUAGGAUCCUUCAGCAGUUUCUCAGAUGCCAGUGAUGGCUGGCAUCCAAUAUGGUGGCGCAGUGGAAGUCUAUCACUAGCACUUAUAUAUCAGGUCAGCACGAUCAACUCAGUUAUGUGUUAUGCCUUCAAGAUGCUCAACAUUCCAGAAUUAUUUUCUUUGGCCAUCCAAGUGAAGUAGAAGUAAAUUAUUGGACUGCAAAGAAAAAGAUAAAGAUUCCCUAAAAGAAUUUAUGGCAUGCAACUUCAUUCUUAUGUGUAAGAUAUUGGGAGAAAAGCUAUAACACAGCUAAUCUUAAGUUUCAAGGCUUUCAUGUAAGGAGAAACACGGCCAAAAAGACAGGAAGAACUGUGGCUUGUAACUGAAUGAUGCUGUAACUCCAGGAUUGGAUCUUAGAUGUUCUGGAAUCUACCCCUGAGACUUGGGUAUUUAUCAGUGUACACACAUGCAAGGAGGAAAAUAAUUUUUUGAACAAAAUGACUGGCUUUGACAAAACUAUCUUGCUCUUUUUAAAUGUCACUUGAUACUACAAUGUGAUUUAAAAGCAUGUAAUGCCUCAGGAGUCUGGCACAUACAACCAAAUUAUCAUGCUCAGGAUCUUCAGAAUUCUAAAGGCACAUGUAAGAAUGCACAGAGUCCUGAUGACCUGUCAAUAAACAUUUUAUAUUAAUGAACUGUACAUUUAAAUAAAAGUUUAUUUUUGAGAUAA